GCGCGCUCGGACCUCCUCCUUCCCGCAGCCACCGAGAGUGCGGAGCGACCAGCGUGCACUCGGAGGAACCAGAGGAACCCAGCACCCCGCGGGACUGUCAGUCGCAGUAAGUACCCGCGCAGUGCCGGCCGCGGCUGCCCGGGUCACUCCACCCCGCAUCUGUCCGAGGUGGCCGCGCUGGGUGCGCCGCUGCGGUGAGGGACAGUGGGGAGACUGGCUUCCCAAACGCCAACGCCCCUCUUUGUCUUCCACCUGCAGAGUUUCCUGGUUUGAAGGUGUGGGUUGGUGGGUUAGAGGGCUGAGGGAGUUGGGAUUCAGGGAGAAGAGGGUUGGAGAAUCUUUGGAACGCGAUUCUCUCGCCUAACGGGUGCAGGUGAGACUUUAGUCCUUGUAUUUUUUAUCUUAGUUCAUCCGUUGUGGGGCAGAAAAUUCUGUUGCUCUAACUCUUGGAUAACCACCCCUAAUAUAUUAUUUCUCUCUUUGGUCUCUUCUCCCACUACCCCUUCCCAGAAAUUCAACAUGAAAAUCCUCGUGGCCUUGGCAGUCUUUUUUCUCGUCUCCACUCAGCUGUUUGCAGAAGAAAUAGGAGCCAAUGACGAUCUGAAUUACUGGUCCGACUGGUCCGACAGCGACCAGAUCAAGGAGGAACUGCCUGAGCCCUUUGAGCAUCUUCUGCAGAGAAUCGCCCGGAGACCCAAGCCUCAGCAGUUCUUUGGAUUAAUGGGCAAACGGGAUGCUGAUUCCUCAAUUGAAAAACAAGUGGCCCUGUUAAAGGCUCUUUAUGGACAUGGCCAGAUCUCUCACAAAAGGCAUAAAACAGAUUCCUUUGUUGGACUAAUGGGCAAAAGAGCUUUAAAUUCUGUGGCUUAUGAAAGGAGUGCAAUGCAGAAUUAUGAAAGAAGACGUUAAUAAACUACCUGACGUUAUUUAUUCAGCUUCAUUUGUGUCAAUGGGCAAGGAAAGGUAAAAUAAGACAUGCACUAUGAGGAAUAAUUAUUUAUUUAAUAACAGUUGUUUGGGGUUGAAAUUUCAAAAAGUGUUUAUUUUUCAUAUUGUGCUAAUAUGUGUUGUAAACAUGUUUUAAUUCCAAUAUGACUCCCUUAAAAUAGAAAUAAGUGGUUAUUUCUCAACAAAGCACAGUGUUCAAUGAAAUUGUAAAACCUGUCAAUGAUACGGUCCCUAAAGAAAAAAAUCAUUGCUUUGAAGCAGUCGUGUCAGCUACUGCGGAAACGGCGGGAAACUCCUGACAGUCUUGUGCUUUUCCUAUUUGUUUCCAUGGUGAAAAUGUACUGAGAUUUUGGUAUUACACUAUAUUUGUAUCUCUGAAGCAUGUUUCAUGUUUUGUGACUAUAUAGAGAUGUUUUUAAAAGUUUUAAUGUGAUUCUAAAGUCUUCAUUUCAUUGUACGAUGUGUUGUGAUAGUUAACAUUUUAAAUAAAAGAAAAAAUAUCUUGAA